GUUUUUUCUUGCUUCAUUCCUCUGAACGGGCGUCGUUGUAGUUAGCUCGUGUGGGCUUUCCGCCGAAUGGCAUGGUAACAUUUUGUCUGUAACGUUGAACCUCUCAGAAUGCACAGCACCAUGGCUGCCUUCUCUGCUCUGCGGAGCAUUCGGAUCGAUAUUUCCAAGGUUUUUUCUGCACAGUCAACCCAGUUUCUGCACUGUCCUGGGGUUAGAUUAAUGGCAGCUGAUAAAGAACUCCUCCUGAAACUCCGGAAGAAGACAGGAUACUCGUUUACAAAUUGUAAGAAGGCCUUAGAGAAGUUUAGCAGUGACCUUCAGCAGGCUGAAGCCUGGCUGCACAGACAGGCCCAUAAGGAAGGAUGGAGUAAAGCUUCUAAACUACAAGGCCGAAAAACAAAGGAGGGCCUCAUUGGACUGCUGAAAGAUGGAAACUCAGCUGUCCUGGUGGAGGUGAAUUGUGAAACAGAUUUUGUUGCCCGAAAUGUCAAGUUCCAACAGCUGGUGCAGCAAGCAGCCACUGCCACAAUGUCGCACUGUCACUCCAAGCAUGCAAACAUCAUCAAUUACAACAAGAAUUUCCUUACGACUGAAGAAAUAACACAAUUGAAAACCAGUUUGGACAGUCGUCCCCUUGCUGACCAGCUUGCCUUGGCUAUUGGUAACCUUGGUGAGAACAUGACUAUAAGAAGAGCUUCCUGGGUGGCUGUACCAACUGAUUGCUAUAUUGGCACGUAUGUUCAUGGAAUGUUGCCAGUGGACAACAAAAACCUCUCAAAGAUGACAUUUGGAAAAUAUGGUGCACUAGUGAUUUGCAAGCCCACGGAACAUAAUUCAAAUGUAAACUUCUCGGAGCUGGGCCGCAGGUUAGGUCAGCACAUUGUGGGUAUGAUGCCACUGUCUGUGGGCUCAAUGGAGGACCCACCUGGUGAUGACACAGAGACCAAGAUGUUGGCACAGCCUUUUCUGCUGGACCCUGACACAACUGUAGGGCAGUUCCUGCUUACAAGGGGGGUGUCAGUGCUGGACUUUGUACGGUACGAGUGUGGUGAGGUAACUGAAUUGGCAGAGAAAGUAUAGUUGGAAUGCAUUGGUGCGUUCAAAGGAAUGUGUACCAUUUUUCAUUGUGAAAAUCUCUUUAUUGAUAUCAGAAUAAAAUAAUGAUCUCCAACACAUCGAA